CAAUGCGGCGUCUGCUCGGGAACUAGCAAGCAAAAAGCCUGCGGAAAGGGCGAUGCGCCGUCAGGGCAGGAAGAAAGUGUCUUAGUUUGAGCUACAAAUACUUAUUAUUUAGUAUGGUUUAGCUAACGUUGUUUAAUACGGAUUAAUUGUGCAGUUUUAUACCAUACUUCUGUGUUGACCAUAGCAGGGAAACCAAGAAAGAUGGAGGGUUUUAAGAGCAGUGCUCUUGGCCGGGUAACGGUAUACUCUAUCCAGGGAUGUCCGCAUUGUGUACAGGCUAAAGCUACCCUCAGGUCCUUGGGAGUACCAGUAUGUGAAGUGGAUGUUGGCCUUCAUUCAGAGCUAAGAGUGAAACUGAAGGAGCUUACAGGACGCAGCACCGUACCUCAAAUUUUCUUUAAUAACAUCCAUGUUGGGGGCAACGAUGAUCUCCAAAAACUGGCUACUGAGGAGCUUCAAAGACUGGUGACUCUGGUUAAAGAAGAGCCUCUUUCAGCAAAUGCCCCACCGUUACCAGAAAGUAAUCCAUUUGAGGCUCCAGAUGAGGAGAUUGAUGGACAACUCAGAGGUGAGAGAGAUGAGUUUGCAGACUUGGUAGAGGACCUGAAGCAUGCUGGUGUGAUUGGCUCUCAGAGGAGGGGACUGACCUUAUACAAAAACAGCUUCUCAGGCAUUCAGCUGGUUGACUGGCUGCAAACAAAAAAGGGCAUGGACAGGGCUGAGGCCUGUAAUACGGGCCAGACACUGCUGCAGAAGAAGUUCAUGGUCAGUGUGGGAGGCAUUGGACAGGAGGAUGGGUGUUUUGGAGAAGGAAAAGAAACCAUGGACACACUAUACAGGCUGCUGGAAGAUGACCUUCAUUCACCUUUGAAUGGAGGACAGACAGCCGCCUAUACUCCGAAACAGGCUGCUGAGCUUUCGUUGCUUUUACGAGAGUUGAUUCUGAAGUUGUUCUCGGAGCAUCUCUCUGCUGAUGGCAAGUCUGUGGAUUAUAAAGGGAUGUCUGUGGACCCAGCCUUUGAACGUUACUGUGAGCUGGCCAUUCAGCUCCAGAGGGUGGAGUUGCUCUCACUGAGCCGCGAGGAGAAGCUGGCCUUCUUCAUCAACAUCUAUAACGCCUUAGUCAUCCAUGGGUACCUGCGCCUGGGGGCCCCUACCAACAUGUGGCAGAGAUACAAAUUUUUCAACUAUGUUAGCUACCUUAUUGGAGGUGAAGUCUUCACUUUACAAGACAUUGAAAAUGGCGUCCUUCGAGGGAACAGAAAGGGAAUUGCACAGCUCCGAAAGCCCUUCUCCAAAACAGAUCCUCGACUGCAGAUGGCGCUUCCAGAUGCUGAGCCCCUGAUUCACUUUGCUUUGAACUGUGGUGCAAAGGGCUGUCCCCCAAUUAAAACCUACACACCUCAGGAUAUAGACAGCCAGCUCCUCACCGCGGCUGAAGCCUUUCUGGAGAACGAUGAUGCGUGUAUGGUUGAUUCUGGCAAAAACGAAGUGCGUCUUAGUCAGAUAUUUAAGUGGUAUAAGACUGACUUUGGAGGCACAGAUGAAAAGCUGCUGAAGUGGGUGCUAGAUCAUAUGGGUGACUCUCCAAAGAAGACCAGCCUUCAGGAUGUCCUUUCUGCUGGGAAAACUAAAGUCAGCUUCCUCCCUUAUGACUGGAGCUCCAACAGCGCCCACUGAGCAUCCCCACUCUGUGGUUUUACAGCUUCUCAUUUUGUCUACUCAGCUAUGUGUGCUAGAAUCCACCGGGGAUGGAAGUUUGCACCAAAAUAAGAUCCCAACAUUUUAGCUGUAAGGACACAUUUGCACUGUACAUCUGAUGCAUACUUACACAGUACCCCUAUUCUUACUUGAGGGUUUUACCGAUAGUUCCCACCCUUGAUUAUAGGUAUCAUAUAAUUUUAUGCAGCAUGUUAGAAUGUGUGGGCUAACUAAAAAUUUGCAGACUCAAUCCUUUGUACUCCAGCAGGUUCAUUAUUAGCUCAAAUAGUACAAUGCACAUUUUAUUUUACUAACAAGUGUUACCUGUCUGCAUCAGCAAUUCAGGAGUAAAAUAUUACAACUACGAUAAGUCCAGUUUAACACUUUCAUCAUGUGGUUCAUUUAAUUCAAAUUGACAAGCCAUAUCCAACAACAGUGUUUAUAUUUGCAGAAGUUAUGAUUAAAUGCAUCAGAUUUAAAUUUAUCAAAUCUUGUCCUGCAUUUUAAUGCUACAGAUAUCUCAAAAAUAAAAGAAGUAAAUACUUUUAAAUACAUUAUUGAUUCUAAUGAUGUGUACUGUAUCAAAUGAAGGAUACCGUAAUAUUUUUAGACUUGCUUUAAACAACUUGAUUUUCAAACUAUGUCAGAUGCUGCUGUCAGUUUUUUUGAUCAGUUUACUGGCUAAAGAUUUGCAGCAAAAUGUUGUUUUUUAUACCCGUUUCCAGCAGUAACAGUUCGUUCAAUCAUUUAUCAAAAGUUAGAAUUUCAAAAUUCAAUGUUUGGAAAACCAAAUAGAAGCUCUCCGAAGUAUUUCUAAGUUCAAACUAGAAAACAGCUGUCACCAUACAUGGUCAAAGUAGCAGGAAUCUCCUUUUAUUGUGAAUACUUGGAAUGGAUGUUAUUAGCUUGUGCUGCUGAUGGAAGCUAGCAUAUUAACAAUUAGGAAAUCCCCCUUCUUCACUUGACUAUCCGGCUCACAGCCAGAGCACACUCAGCUCUAGUGUAACAUUAUUCCCAGAGCCGAGAUCCGACUUAAGCAGCGAGUUGAACACAACAUAAGUUUCUUCUUCUUAUCCUCAUACAUGCCUUGAUGACCUUCUCCUUGAUCCAGGUCUUCCGUUGAAAAUUGUAAAAGAGCUACUAAUUAUUAUUAUUUUUUUUAAAAUGAAGUGACAAAACUUUAGUAAAAAAAAAGUUGGAAUGCACUCUGACACUUUGCAUGCGGAUUGAUAACUUUCUAUGCGGUUGAGACAUGUUUACUAUUUUUCCACAGAUGAUUCAGUGUUGUCCUACACGAAAACAUUUAGCUGUGUUUUCGGUAAAUUUUUGCUGAAACGAAGUCAGUAUAACCUCACCAAGAAAUGUUCAUUACUUAAUGAGAUGUGUUUGUACUUUAAUUUAAUGUGUACAUUUUAGAUUUAUUUUCAAUGAUUUAACUUUUUUAGGUAUUUAUUCUACAAAAUUGCAGUCCCGGCAUUUAAUGUAAUUUUUACUCACCGUAUAAUGUUUUGUUUUUCUUUUCCCUCUGGUUUUUAUUUAUUUUUUUUUUUUUACUUUGUUAUAAUUCUUUUGCAAUUGGAUGCACGUACAGUUGUGUUCAAAAUAAUAGCUUCUCCAAGAAGGUCAAGUUUAAAAUUCUGAGAAUAUUUUUAUUCAUUGCACACAAAUGCAUUGAUGAUACUCCACAUUGUAUUAAACAACACAAAACAUCACCAAAAACACAAAUGUAUCAAUCAACAGAAAGGACAAAAUUAUAUUUUUUUAGGUCUUAGGUCUGAUUAUGUUUACAAACUCAAAUAUUUACUGAAUGAAUUAAAUAACACUGGGCUGCCUUUGUCCCUAAAUAAAGCCCAGUUGUUUGCAUUCUUUUAUUGAUUAAACUUCACAAUCUUUUCAAUUAAUAAUUCACUUACAAUGAAUCAGCAGGAGUGUCACAAUUGCAGAAUCUUUAUUUUUAUUACUCCACUUUGCCUACUGGUAAAUAAUUUGCCAUGGAGAAAACUGCUUUCUUCCAAAAACAGUGAUCAAUUUGGUUGGUGAUGUUGGGCUAUUUAUUUUGAACACAACUCUACAUACGUUAUUAAGUUUUCUGAUAUAAUUUAUUCCUUCAUUUAAUUUUUCUCAGGUUAGACCAAAGCUCAAACUGUAUGUGGACUUUUUAUUUUCAAUGCAAUGAAUGCUGCUUGUGUUGAAGAUUUUAAGCCAGCUUGGUUUGUCUGCUAUACAGAGAAUAAUUGAUUUUUUAUUUAUUUAUUUUUUUGAAUAACAGUAAGCACAGCCAAAGAAAAUGGUUAUUUUUGCAUGUUAUAAAUCUGGAAUGCCUUUAUUGCAUGGGAUAACGGAAACCCCUCUAACCUUGAAUGUUGGCCUACAGCAGAACUGCUUGUCUCUGCUUUGUACAAUGCCUGUCAACUCACCCUGAAGGGUCUGAAACUGAAUUGUGUUGAUCGGAUGUUGGAUAAGCAUUGAACCAGCCAUUACCCAUCAGCAUGCUGAUGGAUAGAUAAUGUUUGAGAAUUCAGUUCAAUAAAUGAAACUGGGCAGGAAGCCUUGAAGGACAAAUAGGACCUCUGGCUUGUUCUGUGAUCAGGUGACUGAGGUUACAGGCUACUUGCAAAGCAGAAGAAAGUUUUUGCAAAGAAAAUAAGACAGUGUGUGUUUUUCCUUGUAUUGAUGUUUUUUGGAUAUCUUUAAAUUACCUCAUUUACCAGAACAAUGUGAUGCAAAAAAUCUUUUUAAUAAAUGAUACCAAUGUAAAAGAAAAACUUCUUUGAUACCCUUUCCGAGGGAUUAACAAUCAUGCAAUAUGUUAAACAGUAAAUAUGCAAUGUUGAAUUAAAUUUUUUUUUAUAAAUGUUAAA